CCGUUGGUCCCCCUCUAGCACUGAAUCACUGUUCAGAUACAAGACGACAGAGUCUGAUUAUGUAGCAGAGUAACGCUAAAUGUUAGCUGAUAAUUACUUUUCUUCGUUUAUAACAUUAAAAAUGGUGUGAGAAUGGCAAAGCGACCGGGGACUGAUGACGAGAUGCUGACCUCACCAACCAUUCUCCUGAAUUUCUCCGUGGAUUUGAACACUGGAGACAUGGACUGCAGCGACGGAGCCGAGGACGUCUCCCUAGAAGAAAUCCUCACCCUGUACAGCCAGCCUAUAAACGAGGAGCAGGCAUGGGCAGUUUGCUAUCAGUGUUGUCGGACUUUAGCGCAGAAACAUCGGAGGAGAGGCUCCAGGUUGGCGGGUGCCUCAGCAGUGGACUAUCCGAGGAGGAUUGAGGGACCCGGGAAUGUGAGGAUCGGGCGAGACGGGACUGUCAGACUGCACUUUGAAGACAGCACAGAUAAAUACCAGUCAGCUUCCACGUCAUUAGAGGUUAUUGACUCAUUGGGAGUCAUGAUCUACAAAGCUUUGGAUUAUGGCCUCAAAGAAAAUGAAGAGCGAGAGCUCAGCCCUCCUCUGGAACGCCUGAUUGACAUGAUGACCAACACUGAAGAAACAGAGAGCGACCCCUGUCCUGAUGAGGGUUAUGAGGCCACAGAGGAAGAGGAUGAGUGUGAGGAAGAAGAGGGGGAAGAGGAGCUUGUGUCCGUGGCUUCGGCUGGCACAAUCAGCAGCAUCCAGAGCUAUCGAGACAUCAUCAUGAUAUGCUCUUCUCACCUACCCAGCCCUUCAGAUGCCCCUAACCAUUACCAGGCUGUGUGUCGGGCUCUCUAUGCUGAAAGCAGAGAACUCUGCACUUUUCUGGAGAAGAUCAAGAGUGCAAAGGAGAACCUUCGGAAGAUGGAAGGUGAUACGCCGGGAGAACCUGUUAAAGACCUCAAUGAGCUUCAAAAUGCAGACUGGGCACGUUUCUGGGUGCAGGUGAUGCGAGAUCUACGAAAUGGUGUAAAGUUGAAGAAGGUUCAGGAGCGGCAAUACAACCCUCUGCCCAUAGAAUAUCAGCUCACACCAUAUGAAAUGCUCAUGGAUGACAUCCGCUCCAAACGUUACAAGCUACGAAAAGUCAUGGUGAAUGGAGACAUCCCUCCACGGUUAAAGAAGAGUGCCCAUGAGGUCAUUCUUGAAUUCAUCAGAUCCCGACCUCCUCUAAAUCCUGUGUCCGCCCGUAAACUGAAACCCCAUCCGCCUCGCCCCCGGAGCCUCCACGAGCGACUGCUGGAGGACAUCAAAGCUGAGAGGAAGCUCAGACCAGUUUCGCCAGAUAUGAUCCGCAGAAAUCGACUUGGUGCAGGGAAAAGCUUCAGCACCCCUCAGGACUUGUUUCGCAGUUCAGACACUCCUGAUGCACAAAGGAAGUUGACUGGCAGCACUCAGUCUCUGUCCAGUGGAACGACCGGACCCAAUCAGGGAGGGCCGCCACUGAGCCAGAGGAAGAGGCUGCUCAAAGCGCCCACACUGGCCGAGCUGGAGAGUUCUGAAUCUGAUGAGGAACCCACAAGGAGCAGCUCUAGUAGGUCCACAUCUUUAAUAGAAGACACAUCUCCUGAAUCCGUUGUGGCGAAGAAGGCUGCUCCAAAGUUUCUGCCCAUGUCUGCCACCCCCCAGCCAGACAAGCGUCAGUCUCCACAGAGGCGGCACUCUAUCGAGAAAGAGGCCCCCACCUUUGUUCGCCCUUUUGUACCACCAUCCAGACAGACCUCCAAGUCUUUGCUGACAGGGGAUCCCAGUGCUAAGGUGGAAGCCGGCAGUGCUGCUAAGGGCACGGAGGAGUUUUGUUAUCCAGUGGAGUGUCUGGCUCUGACGGUGGAGGAGGUGAUGCACAUCAGGCAGGUUCUCGUCAAAGCCGAGCUGGAGAAGUUUCAGCAGUACAAAGAUAUCUACAACGCUCUCAAGAAAGGAAAGCUUUGCUUUUCAUGUCGAACCAAAAAGUUUUCCCUCUUCACUUGGUCCUACACCUGCCAGUUCUGCAAAAGGCCAGUGUGCUCCCAGUGCUCUAAAAAGAUGCGGCUGCCGUCUAAGCCCUAUUCCACUUUACCCAUCUACUCUUUGGGUCCCAGUGCCAUGGCUAAAGAAGACACUGGCACAGCGUCUGCUCCAGCUGAACCAGAGAAACACCAAUCUGGGUCUGGGCACAGCCGACACAGCCUACGUAGAAGUUAUUACAAGUUCUCCAAGCACAGCAGCAGCAGCAAAGAUGGGCGGUCCGAGGACGAGCCAGAGCUGCCCAAAGAGCUGACGGAAGACUGGGUCACCAUGGAGGUCUGUGUAGACUGUAAAAAGUUCAUCACGGAGAUCAUCUCCUCCAGCAAGCGCAGCCUCUGCGUGGCCACGAAGCGGGCCCGUCUCAACCGCAAAACCCAAUCUUUCUACAUGUCAUCAUCCAGCUCAAUCAACUUCCGGCCCUCGGAGCGCACCAUCAAUGAGGUGUAGAACGUAGGACCACCCUGUGCACUUUGAUUAAAGCCUCUCCCAGAGCUUAGUCUUUUCAGUGAAGAUAUCCUACCAGCUUGGAUGUAGACUGCUUCACAGCAAAGGUUAGGCAAAAGUUAAAAGCUGACAUGAAAGUCCAUCUCAUCCUAAAGUUAAAAAAAAGAAUCCCCUCUCAGGAAACGUUAUUGUCAAAACUCAUGAAGCUGCCACUUUCCUGCUGGUGGCAACAGCAAUUCAGGGUAUGUUGGAUAAAAUAAGCUGCUCGCCCUUGUGAACUGAGUAAGGGUAUUUGUUUGACAUGAACACGGGAUUAGAUUAUACAAAAAAGCCAAACGUGUUCGUAAUGUGUAAAUAGUGCAAGGGCCCAACUAAUGUUAGCUAUCAAAAGGUUCUCCAGUUCCUGUUUACUUGUAGCACUCAGGAAGAAUAAAUAACCGACAGAAAUGCACUGUAGAGCCUCCUGUCAGGUCUCUGUCUGUCCCCUGCCCCUCUCUUAUCCUUCCAGCAACAAUUAUGCCAAAUGUUAGAUCUAUAACUUCUUAGCCACAUUGAAUGCAUCUAUGCUACUUUCUCACAUUGCUGAGACAUGUUGAGUUGAGAUGGUCUAAUUAUUUUUCUGGGUGGGUUUUAGUUUUUGAUUUAAAAUGUAUAUUCAGUCCUGUGCCUGGUGCCAAAAUGUAAUUUAUAUAUCUGAAUGCCUUUGUAGUUAUAGAGCUAUUGUACAUAUGUGUGAUUUAACUAAAUGGGGAAAAAUUUAGGGUUAUCUGAAGUAAUUCUGCCCCCUCUGUGCUCCAAAGUGGACAGCAGAAGCACAGACAUGAAGGGUUUGUGAAUGUGUACAUGCUGUAAAUCUUAAUUAUUCCAAAAUUAAAUUUAAUAUAAAAAAAAACUAAAAGUCAAAGUAUAAUUUAACCACAAUUGAAGAAUUCUGCCUCUAGAGUGAAAACUUUAUUAUUAGUAUUAUGUUUAUGUUAAAGUACUUUCAAAGAUUUGAUUUAAGUUUGUAUAGUUUGUAUGCUCCUCAGUGUUAACAUGCCUAUCACAAAUAGCACUUUUAUUGGACCAAUUUAAUGUUUAUGUUGAGAUUUUUGUCUUAAUAAUAGUAAUAAUUAAAACAUUUGCUUGCCAGUGCCAUUUUUCCAGGGUUCUCCAUGAUUUAGAUUGUGAAUGGCAGGUGGUUGUUUUAAAGGAAGUAAUUACUUAAAAUGUUCAUCAGAAUUGAAUGUAGACAAUUUAAGAGUAGAAUUGUCAUUGAUUAUACUUUAUGAACUCUUUAUCCCUCUCAAGUGAUCCCCCUCUUCUCUUUAUCACAGCGUGUUUUCUGACAGAUGUUACCAAGUGACCAUAAAACCUAACCAGCUUGUUUAAUAAUGACGCCAUGUUCCACUGAAACAGUCCAUCUGACCAGUUUUAUUUUAGAUCUCUGUAAGGAAUGUGUGCAUGCUGUACUGUGGUCUGUUUGUUUUUAUCAAGGAAAUUAUAAUAAAAUCAGGAUUCUUACAUUAGA